UAAACGAAAUUGGAUAUAUUUUUUCUUCAUAAAAUUGGGUCAAAAGUAAACUAGUAAACUCGAUACAUAGAUAUAAUUAUAGUUUGUGUAUACAACGCACAUAACUUCAUAUAAUUUGUGGAUUGUUUUGUUGCUUAGAGGAUUAUUAUUACAUCGAAAACGAAACUUUCUGGGAAUGCUAAACACAGUUUCACGAUGAAGGCAACAAUAAAUGCCGUGUCUGCUUCCGAAGCUGUUUGGAACGAGGGACUUUGAUUCAGUGUCAAAAUGUCGGGUCCCGGACUGUUCGGCUUGGCUGGUGUGCUGCGAAAUUUGUCGUCAAGUGUCACAGAUAAGUUAUGGAGUUACUUGACAUGGCAGACCGAAGAGGAUAAAGAAAAAGAUUUAGAGACACUACAGCAAUACCUGAGGGAACUUUAUGGUGAUCUCUCAAGUAUAGUAACACAACAGGCUGUGUGUAUAUUGCGUGAUCAGUAUAAUGGAAACAUGGACAAGUUCAAGACAGAAUUCUUCCAUCCAGCCAUCGAUUUGCUGACAAAAUUGAAAAAGGCUGAACAAAAUCAUCUUCAGGAAUUGAGAGAAAACUACUUAUCUGCUGCUGCUGAUGCUGAUGAUGAUGAUGAUGAUAAUGUUGAAGCAGCAGAAGACAGUAGUGAUGAUCUUGACCUCGAUCUUUUAGACAACAGCCAAUCAGCUGGAGGCAUCGAACAAAGCAGCCAGUCAAGUUGCAGCUUAUGCAAAAAGGAUCAAACUGAACCUGAAGCCAAAGAAAACAGAACUGACCAAGACAAGACAGCAGAUAAAGGUACAAGUGAAAAGAGUGACCUGCAGGAAAACGAACCAAGUUCUGACAACAUAACUGAAAUACCGAGGCCUGUAGAGAGUGCAGAAAGAGAAGAAGCAUCUUGUACAUGUAGAACUCAUCAAAGUGAAAGAAGUGAUCAUAAGUUAAAGAAAUCUUGUAAAUGUAAUAUAGCAAAUUGUGAUAAUUGUGACAGUGAAAAGUGUGAUUUCAGGAAAUUAUGUGAUACUACCAUAGUUGUUGAUAAUUAUAGGGAGAAGUUGUUUAGUUUUUGUGCCCAUUGGCCAUUAAUUUGUCAUUCUCAUGUGAUAGUAAAUCUAAGUGAUAUAUCUUGGGAUAAAUUCAGGAGCGGAGAUUUCUACUUUCUUGUUAAGCAGAAGGGUGCUAAUACAGUAGGAUUAUGGAUAAAAUUCUGUAUCGGAAGUGUCUGUCGUGAAAUUCAAGUACCAGAAUCUAAAUUUGGUAAAAUAUUCACAAUGGAAUGGAAGGAAGAAAUUUUAUCCGAUUCAACUGAAGUGUUAGGUGAAGCAUUGAGAAAUUGUCUUGCUCUCCUAGAAGAAAGUACAGAAAAGUUAAGAUGGGAAGAUGUUGUCCCCAACACUGGUCAGUUUAACCAUCGACAGAAUCAAGUUAACAAUGUUCAGAAUGCAGGAUUAAAUGGUUCAUUGCCAGAAAACAUGAAAGGUGGGAAAAAUGGUCAGAUCAGUUGUUUGAAAUGUGACAAGUUAUCUGAACAAGGGAACAAUGUAUGUGGGGGUCAUGGCAAUGGAUACAGCCAUAGCAUUGGAUAUAACAGAAGCAAUCCAAAUAGUCCUGACUUACGUGCAAGGACUAUGGAUAGUACAGACGGACGAGAGAUAGACAAACCUCGAAGUCCGAGAAGUGCGGGAUUACAUCAGCAUCGGCACCUGGAGCCACCGAAAACAAUCCUCGAUGUGGAUUAUAAGCUUCUGCAGUCAGGGGUGGCAAUUCUUCCAGGUUGUCGAGACUUGGACGGUAAUGCGGUAUUGUUGAUAUUUACAAGUAGUUCCCUAUGGAAGAAUCAGUUGAUCAACAGCACUGACCUGGCUCGGCUCAUCAUGUACUACUUUUCUGUUCCAAGAGAAACAGUUCGGUGUCGAGGUUUAACCAUUGUUGCAGACAUAAGAGGCUGUACAACUUCUACUAUCAACACACUGCUUGAGUCACUGUAUCUUUUUGAGGCAUCUGAACAAGAAAAGGGGAAUAUACCACAAGCGAUCUCGGUAGUCCAUCUGUUGGCAGACAAACAUACACAAUCCCUGGUGCUCAAAUCUCCCAUAUAUGACAUACAUGCUUCAUUCCAGAUAGAUCUGUUGCUCUCCACUAGUCUUCUAAGUUCAUACAUAUCUGCCGACCAGCUACCGACGGUACUUGAAGGAACGUUCCAGUACAAUCACGAUGAUUGGAUACGAUUUCAUAUGAGAUUAGAUCCUUUCCUUGCCAGUUGUCGGUCAGUUGCCAGGUAUCUUGUCAACGUGAUCCAGGAGUUAUCUGUGGUAGAUCAAGUGCCUGUGUCUGCCAAGGAGGCCUCCCAUCUUGUUGACCAUCACGAGAAUCUAAUCAAGGCGACGUUUGAAGAUCCUCGUGUAAAACGUUUGCAGAAUGAAGGUGAUGCCAUGUUGCAAUCACUGAAACGUGAAGAAGUUAAUAUCGGACAUACAGAUGAUUAUAGAUACGGGAUGGAGGACAUCACACGCUUAUAUCAUCAUGUGCAGGACACUAUUUCUCGUUUGAUGCGAAUCUCAGACACACGGAUUACACGUCUAGAAAAGUGCUAUCAGUUAAAAGACUUUGAUGAGGAAUGCAAUAAGGUGAUAUCAUGGUUGCAUACACAGGGGAACGAGUGUUUACAGCGCCACCUAGUCAUGGCCGAUAACUUGAAAGCAGUACGGGUCCAACAGAAAGAUUUCGAGAAAUUCUACUAUGUUGCAAUGACCCAUAUAGAGAAAGGGAAUGAUCUGUUAGAGGAGGCCAGUACAUUAGCUCAGUCUGGGGACUUUGAUGAGGUCACUGGGUACAAGGAACUUGCCAGGAUGUUGAAGCGCCACCUACAGCAGUUUUCUGAACGUCUGGAAGAAACAAGGGAGAGAAUUGAGGGUACAUCAAAAUGUUACCAGUACUUAGAUAAGACAUAUGAGUGGGCAUUAGAAGCAAUGAAGUAUGUAGCCAGUAUGAAAAUGGAACAUUGUGCAACCCCAGAGGGACUUGAAAAGUUAUUACAUAGUCUGGAGUUAUAUCUGCAGGAACACCCUCCAAUAGCAGAAGACACAUUCACAAACAUGUCUGAAAUCUCCAAGAAGCUUGGAAAUGAAAAGCUUCUAGAACAGUGUAUUACUGCACAAAAUCGAUGCAUAGAAACUCAAAAAAUGUUGACUUUGAGAGGAAAUACAUUACAGCAAUUCAGGGAACAAUUAGAGCAGGAUGCGUCUGCUUCACGGACAAAAUCGUCGUCUGCUCUUAGUUCAAAUCAAAGAAAUAGUGCGGAUUUGUGUAACUAUUCCUCAUAUAGUGCUGUUUCUCAACCAAAUGAUAUUAAAUCUGUUGCUAGUUCAAGUCAGGGAGCCAGUGCUAAAUCACACUGGGACCCGAAAGAGACAAGUACGCCAGUAGUGCCUAAAACAUAUUCCAGGUUGCUUAUGGAAAAACUGAAAAAAUCCACCUCAUUAUCUUCAUCAUCCUCAUCAGCAAGCUCAUCGCCAACUCAUUCGAUUAUAUCUCCAUGCUCGCCGAGUCACAGUUUAAUUUCACCUUGCCAUUCUGCAGAGAGCUCACCUGCACAUUCUUUUGCAGAUCCUCGUAACUUUCAAGGACCAAAUUCAGGGUAUUUGGAUCAGACUAGUGAUAAAAUUCAUGGUGCUAAUGUUAUUAAUUUGAUGACGGAUUCAUCGAAAGAAAAUUUACGCGAAUCGGACCAAAGACACUUUCUGGUACCAAAUGCCAUUGACAUUUCAAAUACUUCAUCCCAAUAUCAUAGAGGAGGUAGUCUGAAUUCUUCUCAAAAUAAAAAUUUGAAAAAACAUUUACGACGUGCAAUAUCUACGCCUCAGACAGGAUUGUCACCUCCUAUUAUUGAAGAAAAUCAAGGGGCAGUAAGCGAGUCACAGAGUGCCAGAGUGUUAAGACAGAAUGGACGUACUGACAGUAUGAUAACAGGCAGUUCUGACAGCUUACCUAGUCUACCAGAAGAGGAUGAGGGUGUUGUUUCCAUGGGAAUAGAAGAGCAAGGUUACUUACGUAAGGAGUACACUCCUGUUCCUGUAAACACUCAUCUAACGGAACAAGCAGUGAACACUCCAGUUCGACCCCUCGCAGAUCUCAAACUUACAGAGGAAGAAAUAAAGAGCAGAAGAACUCUUUCCUUGAUCAUGAGUGAGAUGAUUCAGACCGAACGAGAUUACGCCUGCUCACUGCGUUUCAUCGUGGAGAAUUACAUCCCGGAGAUGGAGCGUGAAGACGUUCCACAGGCCCUGAGGGGGAAAAGAAAUGUUAUAUUUGGAAACAUAGAAAAGAUCUUCCAGUUUCAUCAACAGUAUUUCCUGCAAGAGAUGGAAGCUUCGAAGAGAAACCCGUUUCUUAUCGCUCGAUAUUUUCUGAUGCAUGAGAACCAGUUUCAUUUGUAUGCCUUGUACAACAAGAACAAGCCCAAGUCAGACAACCUGAUGGCAGAGUAUGGCAAAAUGUUCUUUAGGGAGAAGCAGUUGGAACUUGGAGACAAGAUGGAUCUGUCGAGCUACCUGCUAAAGCCUGUCCAGAGAAUGGGAAAGUAUGCCUUGUUGAUCAAACAGGUGUUGAAAGAGUGCCCACGAACUGCUGCCGAGUACCAAGAUCUGAAGGCUGCAGAAGACAUGGUGAGAUUCCAGCUUCGCCAUGGAAAUGACCUCCUUGCCAUGGAUGCACUGAAAGAGUGUGAUGUAAAUCUUCAAGAACAAGGGAGAUUACUCCGCCAGGAUGAAUUUCUUGUGUACCAUGGCAGACGUAAAUGUAUGCGCCAUGUUUUCCUGUUUGAAGACCUCAUUUUGUUUAGUAAAACAAAGAGAAGCAGAAGUGGAUUCCAGGAUAAUUAUGUUUAUAAAUUCAGCUUUAAAAUGUCAGAUAUAGGUUUGACUCAGGACUAUGAGGGUUCAGGUUACAAGUUCGAGAUUUGGUGGCGGCGACGCAACUCGGGAGAGAACUACAUUCUCCAGGCACCGAGCUCUGAACACAAAAAAUGCUGGGUGAAAGAUAUGACCAAGGUGUUGUGGAAUCAAGCAAUCAGGAAUAGAGAAAAUCGUCUUUCGGAGCUUGCUACAAUGGGUAUUGGGAACAAGCCAUGUUUGGACAUCAAGCCUAGCUCAGACAACAUUAACGAUAGGUUCAUCAACAUAUCUGUCGGCAAUAGAGAAGCUCGGACCAGGAAUUCUAUUGCCGUGUGUUCAAAUGAUCUUCUCCGCCAAGGAAACAAAAGACCUCAUUCGAUCAUCUCUGUCAGCAGUACCUCAUCGUCAAACAGUAGUCAGUCGGGGGCCUUGAAUUUGGCCUUGAACCCUGCAGAUAGCCCCAGAACAUACAGACGAUCUUUGACCUUCAUGUCAACAGAGAGUGGUAUUGGUACGAGUAUUGCUAGUGGAGCAGACAUGGACUCGACGCUAAAAUUCGAAGGCUCAGAUCUGAUGAGGGCCCAAUCUCCACCACCAUACGCAGACUUCCAGCGAUCUCAUGCAGGGAAUGCUGGGAUUGAUCGAGAAUUUGGAAGGUCAAGGGUCAUAAAUUUACCUUCACAUGCAGAGGAAAUGACUGAUGUUUGAUAAACUGACUAUCUAGAAAUAGUUGAAAAAAAGAUGAAACUGAAGAACUGUCCAACUGGAUGAUUGAAAUAUUGAUAAAAGACUGAUAGAAAUUUUCAGUGUAAAAUGAUAAAGAAAAGCCAGUAAAGAAAGAUGUUCAGUUCCUUAAGAUAUCAGGACCCAAUGCAGUUGGAUAUGAAAACAAAAGAAAAAUCCUAUGUAUAAAUUCUGUGUUUGGGUUCAUCAGCUGGAUCUCCGUGGCUGAGAGGUUAAGGUUGCUGACUUCAAAUCAUUUGCCCCCCCACCCCCCAUCAAUGUGGGUUCAAGCUCCACUCGGGGUGUUGAAGUCUUCAUGUGAGGAAGCCAUCCAGCUGGCUUAGGGAAGGUCGGUGGUUCUAUCCAGGUGCCCGCUUGUGAUGAAAUUAUGCACGGAGGGCCACCUGGGGUCUUCCUCCACCAUCAAAGCUGGGAAGUCGCAUUUGGACUAUAAUUGUGUCGGUGCGAUGUUAAACCCAACAAAAUGAAAUAUAAAUAAAUUAUCAGGAAUGGUCAUAUAAUUAUUAUCAACUUUGUUUGUAUUCAGAACAUGACAUAUACAUAAAGAUUUGGUAAAAGUUGAUUUAAAGCUGUGUAGACCUGUUAGAUUUAAGUGGUCAGCUUAAUUGGUUACUCUCUAACAAAGAAUAGUUUUUACCAUUUUUUAAUGGACUGACAAAUGAAGUUUAGGAGGAUCCAGUUAACCAUUUGAAAUAGAUGGACUGUGUGAAAGCUGAUGUAUUUCUUUAUUUUCGAGAAAUUUCUUUGAAAAGGAAUACUUGUUUGGCUUUACAUAUCAGUUUUAUGAAUUUUAAAGAUAUUGGAGUGUACUAUGGCCAGUAUAUAUUUUUACAGACAAACUCUUUCCCUGUUUAAAGUUUUGAAUCUGAAGUAUUUAAAGAGAAAUUUAUAUCAGAGCUUAUAUAUCUGAUAUUUGAAUUAAUAAAAUGGAAAGAGAUCCAUCAUUCAAUAUAUACAUAUUCUAUGUUUAAAGUGGUAUCAGGUGUGGAAUGUCAGUUCAUAUUUUAAUACUAGAGGACCCAUUGAUAGUUGUUUAGAGACAGCCAAAUUAACAUAAAAGGGGGAAAAUAUAACUCGAAAAUAGAUCUGAUCUUGAGCUAAGCUUUAAUUUGUAUUCAGCUUAGAUUUACUGGAGUUGAUAUAUUGCAUUUUAUAUUCAAACUAUGAUAUUAUUUAUUAAAGCAUUUUUAUGUAUUUUUGUAAAUAUUGUUUCAAAUAUUUUCAUGUUUAUUUAUAAAAGCAUUUCAUUUCAUGUUUGUAGAACAGAGUGCAGUUGUGAGCAUUAAUUUUGCUGGUCAGAUUGUAUAAGCUUUUAUAUACACUGAAAAAAAUAUGAAAAAUAAACAGGUUUAUUUUCUAUUCUGUUUUGAAUGGAAAGCUUAAUUUUUUUUGUAAUAGAUAAAAAAGAAAAAAGAGAUAUAACUAUCCUCUGAAAUGUAAAUUCAUUGGCGUGCAGUUCAUGACUUGAAGCAACGGAUACAAGUUAGAUCUUCAUAAAGACUUAUUUUUCUAAAUAUUGCCCAUCUUGGUUGAAUAUCUGGAAUUUGCCAGGAUAUUUUAGAGAUGAAUAAAUAUCUAUAUGAAAAUGUUUAAGAUUAACAUAGUUGCCACAAUUUCCGGAAAGAAACAACAAUGUCAUCAAGAAAAAUUGAAUAAUAUGUCCUGAAAAUCUGUACAUUAGGUUAAAUGGGGGAGGGGGGCAGGUUCAAUGAUUGGGUUGUUGAGUUCACUGACUUCCCUCCGUGCGGUUUGUAUGAAACCCUACUCUUGCAUGUGAGAAACUAUCCACCUGACACUCAUAGGUAGUAGUCCUGGUCAGGAUUCCUGCCUGAAUACCUAAAGUUGCUAGAUAUGAAAAAUUUUGACCACAAUCAAGUUUUCUUAACAGGACACGGUUCUAAUGACCAUUUUCUCUUAUGGAAGAACAAUUCCAUUGUGUAAAUUUUGAUGAAACCAGUACAGUUGUAAAUUUAAAUAGAUUCUCUCAAAAUAUGCGGGUUUAUAAGCUUACAUUUGUCAAUGAAAUAUUUGCAUUUCAAGCUGAUUUUAUGACAUUGUUUAGAAUUCUUUCAAGUGUCAAUACAUUUAUUGUACUUAAAAAAAUCUUUAUGUUGCAAGCUUCAUCUGUUAGCACACAAUGUAGCUGUUCACUCAUAGCAAGAUUGAUGUUUCCUUAAUGCCAUAUCUGGGCAUUAUUAUAUACUAUCUGUUACAUUUAUUAGAAUGUUUAAUCUUUAAAAAAUCUUGAAUUUUGCCAAGAUCUAGGAUCAUUCUUCCAUAUUCAUUACUCUGUGACUUCCAAGAGUAUCAAAUAUGCAGAACUAUCUUAACAGUAAAUUGAAUAACUUGUAAAAUCUUAAAAUGUGAUUGUGAUUAUGAAAAUCAUGAGAAAAGAUGUAAUACUAUAGUCAUUUUGAUAUCUUUUCCACCAUUUGUGAAUUGUCAAGGUAAAGGGGGCCAUCUGAUGUAUUUGUUUUCAAAUUUUUGUUGAAUUUGAUUAUUUCUGAUGACAUACAAUUAGUUCUCUAACAGUUAUGCAGAUCAGAAAACUUGAAGUCUUAGAAAUAUUAUAUACAGUUAUCAUUAACAAAUUUAAUUGACUUUUCAGACAUUUUUUUUCUAGGAUGGUCCUUUUUAAUGUGACAACACGCCACUAUAUAAUAUUGUCAUCUUGUGACUUAUAUGUAAACAAAAAUAAAGUCUUCCAUACUCCAA